AUGGCGACCACAGCGUCUAACCACUACAGCCUGCUCACCGCCAGCUCGCCCAUGGUGCACGCCGAGCCGCCGGGGAGCAUGCAGCCGGGCGCCGGCUACCGGGACGCCCAGGCGCUGCAGCAGCAGCAGCAGCAUCCGCACGGGCAGCAGCCGCCGCCGCAUCACCACCCGCACCACCACCACGAGGCGCACUCGGACGAGGACACGCCGACCUCGGACGACCUGGAGCAGUUCGCCAAGCAGUUCAAGCAGCGGCGGAUCAAACUGGGAUUUACCCAAGCGGACGUGGGCUUGGCCUUGGGCACCCUCUACGGCAACGUCUUCUCGCAGACCACCAUCUGCAGGUUCGAGGCCCUGCAGCUCAGCUUCAAGAACAUGUGCAAGUUGAAGCCUUUGUUGAACAAGUGGCUCGAGGAGGCGGACUCCUCGUCCGGCAGCCCCACCAGCAUAGACAAGAUCGCCGCGCAGGGGCGCAAGCGGAAAAAGCGCACCUCCAUCGAGGUGAGCGUCAAGGGCGCCCUCGAGAGCCAUUUCCUCAAGUGCCCCAAGCCCUCUGCCCAGGAGAUCACCUCGCUGGCGGACAGCCUCCAGCUCGAGAAAGAGGUGGUCCGCGUGUGGUUUUGUAACAGGAGACAGAAAGAGAAACGCAUGACUCCCCCGGGAGGGACUCUGCCGGGAGCCGAGGACGUGUAUGGGGCCAGCAGGGACACGCCGCCGCCGCACCACGGGGAACAAGACUGGGGAGAUGCUCUUCCCCUCCCUUCAAACCACCCCUUGACAACGUUGCUUCAAAGCUGCCUUUAAUUACGGAACAACUUGCCUGAUAGUCGGAUAGAAGAACGUGGCCUUCCCUUCACAAGGCAUCUAAAUUCCACAUGCUCCCUUUCUAUUCAGUGAGCCCUAAUGGGCUUUAGCUUCUCAUAUUAUUAUUAAUUAUUAUCUCUGGGGUGGCUCUGGAUUAUGUGAUUUCUUUGCUCACACAUCAUGUUUUUAUCUCUCUCAUUCAUUGUUGUUAUUGCUGGUAGUGGUGGUGGUGGUGGUGGUGAUAUACAGUUUUCUCCACGGAGUGAAUUAUUCCUGUUUUAAGACACAGCGGGGGGGAAACGCUACACAUUAACUGGAUUGCCAUCAUCAUUGCUGCCUUUGCUAAGAACUUUGCAUCUCAACACAGAACAAUUAAACCCUCCAAGUGUGCACAACGGACACCUACAAAGCUAUCCCAGAGAAAGAGAACUGUCUACCAGCAAAUACCCAAACAAUGCAAGCAGUUUACAUUAAAAUACAAUUUGAUGACAUCCAAAAAAAACCCCCCAAACAAACCAAAAGUCUACCUUUAUGUACCAAACUCCCCCCUCCCCUAGAACAGUCUCAUCAAAUUGGGGACAUGUUCAGGAGGAACUGCCCAAUAGCUUGUAGUCCAUUUUAUUUCCCAAGUGUUUCCUAUGGCCACAAAGCUGUCUUGGAGCUUAUAGGUGCACAUUAUCAUUUAUUGCCAAGUGGGUGUGAUAAGAGGCAAAUGCCCCUUUGCCAUCAGGAAGCUGUGAUAGUGAUGUCAAUAGGCAGGCACAAUGAGUGUGGUUGCCACACACAGCCAUUGUGGAACGAUUAGCAACUUCUUAGGGAUAUAUCUCCAGAGAAUGUACAGUGUGCUCUGAAACUGCUCUGGGUUAAUCAGUGUUAAGGGUUCCAAAGUAUAUCCUUUCUCCUGCAGGAGCUAUCAGAAAAUGUGAAAUGUAUAUUGACAAAGCAGGGGGAGAACCUUUUCUUCUUUUUUUUAAACAAAUGCAAGUCUCUUUUGAACUUCAGAAAAUGUCCAAUAAAAAAAAGUGUCACCUUACCUUUUGAUUCACUUAUUUUACUACAGACCAUCUUCCACUGUGCAUGUCUGAAAGGUAUUCCAAAGCUGUCUAGACAGAUAUCAGCAUCAGCCUUAAUGACCUUUUUCUAAGUGCGUGUCAUCCAGGGAAGAGCUAUAGAGACAUUGCACCCAACUGGGCUCAUUGUGUGGUAAGUUCAGAGCUUGGAAACAUGAUUCUCUCAGACUACACUGCUCAGA